GUAAGCGUCUUCCCGUAUUCCCCAGUUCAACCAAGUGAACACAGUGAGCUUUUGAGAACGUCUUCUAGAUUUUAGUCCCGACUGCACCAAGCUCUGCAGUUCCAAACCAGUCCAAACCGGGUUAGCCAGCCACUGAGCCACAUGUCAUGUGACUACUCGUAUCACAUCUGAGUGACAGCUGGACAACAAACGGAGAACAGAAUUUGGAGGUGAAUCUUUUUUGUUGGUAUUUCCAUCCCCUCGUCCUGUGUUCACGUCGUGUUACUUAAAGGAUGGACUUCCGCGGCCGGAGACACGAGCGAGGCAGCAACUGGACCGACCCGGAGAUAGUGGAGCUGCUCCAGCUGUGGUCCGACGAGUCCAUCCAGAUUGAACUGGAGAGCUCGUUGCGCAACCAGCGUGUCUUUGACCGUAUAGCCAACAUCCUGCGCGAAAAGGGCAUCUAUCGUACCGGUGACCAAUGCAGGGAGAAGAUCAAAAAGAUGAAGCUGGAGUACCGUCGCAUUAAGGACAACUACAAAAUAAAAACCUGGAAGUUCUUUGACGUCAUGGACAGGGUGCUGGCUAACCGACCCGCCAUCACCUACUCCUCUUUGGGUGGUGCUGUCAUAGCUCAACAGGUGUUUCCCACCCCGGGCGGUCCUGACGCGUACGCUCAAGGGGCUCCACCCGACACCUUUGGCCCUGCCUCCUCAGGAGGAUUUCUGUUUGGACUGCCUCCAAAACCUGGGGAUAUCAAAUGUGAGGAUGUUGAUGACAGUAUGCUGAACUCAGGUGUUGCACCACCCGAGAUGUAUUAUGGUUCUGGAGAUGACCAGGAAACUGAUGGGCAUUCUCUGCUGGAUGCGGAGAACAAUCUGGUUCCAAGAGACCACUCAACAAAUGCAAGAAUCUCGCCUUCAGGUUUCAGUGACCUGAACAUUGCUGGCUCUGCCACAGCUGCCACCCAGGCUGUUAGGGGUCCAAUGACAGAGGACCGAUCUGAGCAGCUCAAUAAGAAGGAUCCUCACCGCCCCUCCUCUGUGAGACAGAGGAAGCGUCCCCUGGGUGGCAGAACAUCUUGGGGCCACGGCGCUAGAUGUGGCAGUCAGGGCCGUCUAGAUAAAGCCCUGGCCAGCUUCUUGAACUGGCAGCAAUCAGCAGAGGAACGCCUCCUCUCCCUGGAGGAGGCGCGGCUGGAGAGAGAGUUUGAGGCAGAGGAGCGCAGGGAGCAGAGGGAGGACCGAAGGGCAGAGCAGGAGCGCCAGCAUGAACUCCGCCUGUUUAGCAUGAUCACAGGGGCAUUGGCUGCUGUCAGGCAGAGUGCCGCAACACCGACUGACCCCUCCCUCUCACCCGUCGCUCAUCCGUCAGCGUCCAUGGUGACCACCCCCUCUGUCUCCUCUUUUAUAUCUCAUCCACCUUCACAAACUGCCACAUCACAUCCUGCUCCCACUCAGGACACAGUCAAAUCAACACUGCCGACAUCUGUGAAGGCCUGCAAAAUGUCUCAGAGUGACUUGACUGUAGAGAAAGUUCACAAAACACCUGGACGUAGUGUGUACCUGUCCAACCGUGGAAACAGCAUCCGGCAGAAUCACAACAUUCUAUAUGAAGGAUUUUGUCGAUAUGGAAUGGACAAACACCACGACACAGAUAACCCUGAUGGGAUUAUAAACCUGGGCACCAGUGAGAACAAAUUAUGCAAUGAUGUUCUUCAUAAACGGAUGACCAAGCCUGACAUGCUUCAUGUUGAGCCAUCCCUGCUGCAGUAUGCAGACCAAAGGGGACACUUAUUCCUGAGACAGGAGGUUGCCGGGUUCCUGACUCACUACUGCUGUUCUCCAAAGCCACUGACAGCUGACAACGUUGUGGUGAUGAAUGGCUGUACUUCUCUGUUCUCGUGUAUUGGAGCAGUAAUUUGUGACCCUCAAGAUGCCAUUCUCAUUGCCACUCCCUUCUACGGCUCUAUCACCGAGGAUGUCCUUUUUUACAGUGGCGUAAAACUCUUUCAUGUUCCUCUCGACUGUGAGGCUGAUGAAAAAGACAGCCGACCCUUCCACCUUACUGUAGAAAAGCUAGAAGAAGGUCUGAAAAAGGCGAAGCACGAGGGGGUGAACAUCAGAGCUGUUUUGCUGAUGAACCCCCACAACCCUUUGGCUGAGAUCUACCCCGCCGAGGAGAUGAUUGCCUUCUUGGAGUUUGCCAAAACCAAUGAGCUCCACGCCAUCAUCGAUGAAGUGUACAUGUUGACAGUCUUCGAUGAAUCUCUCACCUUUCAAAGUGUCCUCAGUCUAGACAGUUUGCCUGACCCGCAGAGGACGCAUGUAAUUUGGGGGAUGAGCAAGGACUUUGCAAUGUCAGGAAUGAGAGUAGGCACUCUGUACACUGAGAACAGAGACCUGGUGGAGGCUUUGACCCAGCUGGGUCUGUUUCAUAGUGUCCCCGGAACAACUCAGCACCAGGUAGCACAGCUGCUUGGGGACAGAGGCUGGAUCGACGAGGAGUUUUUGCCAGAGAACAGGCGCAGACUGAAAGCUGCUCACAGAUACGUGACGGGUGAAAUGCAGAGUAUGGGCAUCCCCUACCUGGACUGGCCUGCCACACUGUAUGUGUGGUUCGACCUCAGAAAGUACCUCACAGAGUCGUCGUCUGAGGAGGAGCUUUCUCUGUGGGGGAGAUUCCUCAGACACAAGCUGCUCAUGAGCUGUGGUCAGGCCUUCUUCUGCUCGACGCCCGGCUGGUUCCGCUUAGUCUUUGCAAACCAGCUGCACCACCUUCAGCUUGGCCUGAAGCGAUUUAAGGAGGCUUUGAAAGAAAUUGAAGAUAAAAGCACCAGCUCUGAUUCCAACUUUACCAAAGAAGCGAGUAACAGGAGGAUAAAUUCAGUGGAAGAGGACCGAGCAGAUUUAGACAAUGCUGCGAUUGUGAAUUCGACAUCAUCGCCCCAGCGCAAGUCAUCUGACCAGCUGAAGGAGAUGGACCGUCCUGUCUCUGACACAGCCUCACUGGCCAGUGAGGAGAUUGUGUUGCUGGACUGCCAAGCAUCAAAGCCUGAAGAGGGUCUGGACUCUCUGAUUGGUACUCUCAGGCACCAGAUCCGCUCCUCCGAUUGGCUGGAGAAAAACACUCCAGAGCUAUCUGCCGGGGAGGACCCGGAGAUUCUUGAUGUAUUCAAGGCCCUGCUGCAGAGAGCCAAAAAGUAAGCUCAGGACAAACAGACAUGAAUGUAGCUGCCAAAUCUCAAGAGGCAGCACUUCGGCUUCCAGCAUCUUCCCCCCCAUUCAUUGUGAAGAGCUUGAUACAAACACCCGACACAGGGUCAAAUCUGAUGCCUGUUUCUGAGUGAAGAGGAGGAACUCGAUGAGUGGAGGCUAAUGAGAAGGAGAAAAGUGAAGCAGGCAAGAACAGGAAAAAGUAGCAAUCUUUAUCUCGGGGCCUUAUUUCUUAGCUGCUAUGCGAGGUAAACCUUACCUUUAUUUGUUUUUUCGGGGGGGAAAAGAUUCAAAAGAUACAUAUUUAUUUUGUCAUAUUUUCAGUGAAUGUCAAAUCAGCCAAAAAGUAUUUUAUGUUCUAUUCUUAUACAUUUGAAGUCUUUUAAUCUGAAUUGAAUAUCUUCAUGAUUUGGCCAUAGGCACUUUAUCAUAAUGUUGAUAUUUCUUUAAAAUGAAGGAUCUGUGAAUAAAAUGAUGUAUUAUAGAAGUGUUUUGUGACUAAUCUUUAUUAUUUAGAGUUAAUCUUUAUCAUCCGGUUAUAGAUCUCUUGACGAUCCCUUUAUUCACAGCUAUUUGUUAAUAUAAUGUUUUAUUCUCUAUUAUUUCAGAAUAGUUCCAUCUUAGUUUGCCCUCUGUGACAUUACAAAUAACGUGCUGUCGGUGGGCUUUGAGAGCUGUUCCAUUGCAACAAAGGAAAUUGAAGGGGGAGGUAAAGAGGAGGAGUGUUGACGGAGGUUGAACCAUCAACAACCACAGUACAUGAGGCCUCACUGUGUAUUAUGACAGUGGGAUUUCCUUUAAACUUACAUAUAGCCCUGCAGAAAGACAAUCAACCCUAGAUACCCAAACACACACAGGCCCUUGGUUUGAUUUCAGAGUAUCUCUCUUGUUUUAUUUUAACAGACAAUCUUCUGCUUCCUCAUACACUGAAAGGGAAAUUGUUGUUGUUGCUUUCACUUUCCCCCCGGCAUGAGCUGGUGGGCUACAGUGGAGAAUUCACGGGGAAAUUUGGCCGCUGGCUGGGGGAAUUUCCAUUACAGCAGAGGAGGAGAAACACUGAAAGGGUUUGCUCUGCGAGUGAGGGCUUGUGGUCACGAGUAGUAAGAGUACAAACGCGUCAGGCUGUUCAAACUCUUUAUUACAGCAGUGAACACGAGUAGUUCCUGUAGUGUAACUGUGGUCCUGCAGACACCUACCAAACAAAGAUCGUCCCUGAGACCUCUCCGCUCCCUACAACAACAAAGGUGGUUUACAAACAUGACGUUUCUGGAGCUGGGAGACGCCAUCGGUCGCUUCAGGUUUUCUCAGUCCUGUGUUGGUCUGGCAGGUUGCCUGUGUGUGUGUUAUGCAGUCUGCACGCCAUUCUGGCUGAAUGAGAGGGGACUCUGGGCGCAGUGGAAUAACACUAAAAGUGAAGAUGGCACUGUCUUUAAUGAAUUGGAAGCAGAGAGAGUGUUUGGAGUUGUUGCCUUCCUCAUGGCAGUGAGCACUGGUGCUCUGUGCUUGGUGUUCGCCCUCUGCUGGACAUCUGAGACGGUGCGCUCCUACUCCAACACUCGCUCUCUCCUCAUGGCAGGACAAGCACUUUUUCCAACCACUCUGCUGCUGCUCACCAUGGCCUCCACAGGUUUCUUCUUCCUCCUCAGCUGGUCUUUCUUCACUCAUCAGCACAAGGAAGAAAUCCGUCAGGACUUCUCCGGCCUCGGCUCUUCUUAUUGGCUAGGGGCGUUAGGAUGGGUCCUGCUGUUGAUUGUGGAGGGGAUUGUCUUCAUAGCCGAACAAGCUGUCGUGCCAGACAUCCUACCAGACUUAGAGAAGGCUGUGGAGUUGUGGCAUCAUUCCUCUCAACUUAAGGCCGCCAAACGCUCUUUCAGCGAUGGUUUUCAUCGUGGUAACAGCUUGUGCAGCAUGACCCAAGAGAGGUUAAUGUCAGGAUCUUGAGAGGUGAAAUGUGGACAUGACAGAGAAAACAAAUGUGACUGUCUAAGUUGCACAUUAAUGCUCUAAGACUCGAUGAGAAACCAGCAAAUCCUCACAGUGUUAAAGACCUGUAAGACUGGUCUGAAUGGUGCUUUGUGAGGAGUUUAGUGUCCUACAUCCCAAAAGUCAGGAAGGGGUGAGUGCUCCAGCUUUAGAGGAGCUGAUCUGGGUGGUCGAUCUACAUUUUGUUCUCAGUAUGGACUGAAAUAAAAAAGAGAAACACUAAAGACCAACAACAGUGACUGAAUGCUAAUGCCUUACUCUGAAAAGUGAUGCGUACAUAUCACAUGAAUAUUUCUACAAUGUGCUUUAUAUACAAUAACUCCUUUUUAUUUUUAGAGGACCAAAUGACACUUUAGACCAGUGGUUCUCCACCACCAACUCCUUCAUGAAAUUUGUGACCCAAAUUUUGGAUUUGUUUUUUUCAACCAAUCACAUAAAUUUAACGAAAAAUAGUGCACCUCGAUGGACCUGAGAUGGUAUGAAAUAUGUGACAGAACAAAGAGAAGGAACAAAACCGACAAACCGAGCUCUUCAUAGACUUUUUGACACUUUUAUUUUCGAGCAACAUGCAUGUCUUGACCCACUAGUUGAGAACCACUGCUUUAGACCAUAGUAUGUAAGAAAAUCAUAAUUUCCAAAUAGUAAUGGAAAACAUAACAACUGUGAUACACAUGUAUUCAGAGUAUCUCCUACUGCAUUUCAAAUAAGCGCUCAAAUGUGCACCAGAAUGUGCUACAUGUGCUGUAACUACUAAGUCUGAAUGUGUUAUCUUGUGCUGGCAACAGCUUAAUAAAAUUGAAAUCCCUAAA